CCACAAAAUAAUAAUUAAAUUAAAGAGCGCCAGGCGUAGUGUGCCAAUCCAGGUGCCAAUGCCCUGCUCGUUUUGCAGCGUAUGGUUAUUUUACGCUACGUUCUGAAGGCCCUCCCAGCGAAGAACAAAUCAGUAAAAAGCACGUUCUUGGCAAAUGGCUUCAGAGAAAGACGUCGAUGACUUCGACGUGGACACGUUUUUGCGUUUGGAGUCAACGGGAUUCAACCAAGACAAAGAAGUAGAGCGGAUACUCAAACUCCACGCGACUACGAAAAACCCUCUCGAGAUUCUGGAGCAUCCGCUUUCAGUCUACAUCACCCUGAACAUCGAUGAAAGGGCAACCCGCGUUGCGUUCCGCAAAAAGUCACUGCUGCUGCAUCCGGACAAAUGCAAGCAUCCGCGCGCACAAGAGUCGUUCGAUAUUCUGAAAAAGGCUGAGACGGAGGUUAUGGAUGACGAAAAGCGGAAGUCACUUCUGAGCUUCCUGAGGGAUUCGCGCGACGCGGUGCUGAGACGGCAAGGCAUACAGGGACCCGUUGAUGAGCAGGAACCGCGGUGGCAGGAGAUGAUGAAAGAUGAUAAGCUCUGCAAUGUCAUCAAACUGGAAAUGAGGCGGCUUUUCACGGAAGACGAAGGGAGGCUGAGGUUGCGAAUGAAGAAUGAAUUUGAUCGUAGGGCGACAGAGGCGGAGGAAAAGCUAUUAGAGAGGAAACGGAAAGCGGAACAUGACAAGCUAUGGGAAGAAACCAGGGACGCUCGGGUGGGCUCCUGGCGUAAUUUCGUGAAGAAGGGGCCAAAGAAGUUGAAGAAACCGCUUCCUACAGGCGGCCCUAAGCGGUGAAAACCUCAGUCUUCAAACCUCCUGAACUUUCAACCGCACCUCGACAAGGUAAUCCCUCAUGUAAAUAAUACAUAACAAUGGUAGCGUGAAAAUGUACAAAUAACUUAUGCUAAGAGA